AUGAAAGAAUUUGCUAGUAUAAGGGAGAUUGUGACUGAUAAACUAAGUUUAUAUUGCAAUAGGUCUAGUUUUAACUCAUCUUCCGUCAAAUCUCUCAGUAACAAAUAUGAGGAUGGAGAAGCAACCGAACUUACAAUAUCUCUGAAUGAAGGGGACUCUAUUUUGGAUUGCUGUCGCUUAUCAGUCAACGAUAAAGGUACGUUGAUCGACAACAAGGGUCGAGCAUUUGUCUUGAAAGGAAUUAAUUUGGAUGCAUCCCUGAAAUUACCAACUACCCCAGAUAUGCCUCUGUAUAUGGGGAGCGUGAACAACGACGAUAAUAUAUUUUUUGAUGGAGACAAUGUGAGCUUCUCAGGUCGCCCAUUUCCAUUAAAGGAUGCUGAUAUCCAUUUUCAAAGAAUAAAGUCAUGGGGCUACAAUACAAUCAGAUAUAUUAUUACGUGGGAGGCUAUAGAGCAUUCGGGACCAGGCAUAUACGAUGAGGAUUUUAUUGAUUACACCAUACAAAUUUUGAAGGUGAUAAAUCAUGUUGGUGGGUUGUAUAUUUUCUUUGACAUACAUCAAGACGUUUGGUCUAGAUUUUGUGGUGGUAGUGGAGCUCCAAUGUGGACUCUUUAUGCUGCAGGGUUAGAACCUAAAAGAUUCGCAUGUACUGAGGCUGCUAUCUUUCAUAAUGAUGAAAGGUUCCAAAAAGGUACUGAAAAGUAUCCAAAGAUGAUCUGGACUACCAAUUAUAAACGGUUGGCAACCAUGACUAUGUUUACAUUGUUUUUUGCUGGCAAAAACUAUUUUCCAAACUUGAUCUUGAAUGGCAAAAAUAUUCAAGAUUACUUGCAGGACCAUUACUUUGGAAGUAUGUCGUUUUUUUGGGAGGCUGUGAAAAAAGGAGUUCCAGAAAUGUUUGAAAAUGGAUCCAUUAUUGGGUUUGAGCUGUUAAAUGAACCAAAUCAUGGACUUAUGGGUCACGAGAACCUAGAUAUAGUCCCUCCUUGUCAACAUCUCCGUGUGGGUAGUACACCAUCUGCCUUUCAGACAAUGAAGCUAGGCAUGGGCUUCCCUUGUAUGGUUGAUGUUUAUAAAAUUUCGAUAACUGGUCCCCAGAAGUACGGUUCUAAGCUAGUUGAUCCACAAGGGCGAAUGGCGUGGCUCUCUCCAGAGGAAGCUUUGAUCUUAGAUAAAAAAUAUAAUUGGGUCAGAGGCUCUAAAUGGAUCAUAGGUAAAUGCAUCUUUGCUCAACAGAAUAUAUGGGCAUGGAAAAACAACAUUGAUUUCGACAAGAUGGGUGAAUUGACUAUCAAUGAACGUUUAUCCUUAUCUGACAAGGGAUGCAAAUUGUUACGGCCCAGUUAUUUCAGCGAAGUAUCUCCUGGUACAACGUUCCCCUCUUUGAAUGGCGAUUCGCCGAAAAUCAUUGACACAGAAUACUUCAUCAAUAAUAACUUUGUCGAAUUUUAUUUAAAACACAAGAGAUGUAUUAGAAGUAUUUCUCCAGAGUCAUUCGUGUUUAUUCAACCUCCUGUUUUGGAGGUGCCACCAAAGUUAAAGGAUGAUAAAAGAAAAAUAGUGGACUCAAGGACGAUAUACAGCCCACACUAUUAUGACGGAAUGUCAUUAAUGUUUAAAACAUGGAACACGAAAUACAAUGUCGAUACGUUGGGAAUAAUGCGAGGUCGCUAUUACAAUCCAAUUCUUGGUAUAGUAUUUGGCGAAAGAGCAAUUCGAAACUGCAUUAAAAAGCAGUUCAAUGAAAUGAAAGGAGAAUGCCAUGAGUAUUUAGGAAAAAUACCGAUAUUGAUGUCUGAAACUGGGAUGCCAUUCGAUAUGGAUCGUAAACGGGCAUACGAAGAUGGCAAAUUUCAAUCUCAGACAGCUGCUUUAGAUGCAAUCUCUUUCGCAUUGGAAGGCCUGAAUAUGUCUCAUACAUACUGGUGCUAUUCAAGUAUUAAUUGUCAUAAGUGGGGUGACCGUUGGAAUAACGAGGAUUUUUCAUUUUGGUCUCCAGAUGACCGCCAUUUUCAAAGUACUGAUGAGUCCACAAUAUCUCGUAGCUUGAUUCCAAAAAGAUCUAGGGAAUCCCAAAGAGGCUUUGAUAGCUUGUCGACGCUUAAAAAUUCAAGAAAGAUGGGGGACAAAUUUUCUUCUCAGUCCUUUGAAAGCUUGAUUGCAGGACAUUCAGAAGAAGAAGAGUUAGAUACACAUUCAGUAGUUUCAUCAUCCUUAGUAACAUUGUCUAAUGAGAGCAUAAACUCUAAACAAUGCAAGAAAUGUUAUCCAUCGCCUGAUGGAGUAAGGGCGGUAAAUGCAGUCAUCCGUCCGUAUGUUGUGGCUGCUUGCGGAGAAAUUGUUUUGCUGGAGUUUGAUUUAAAAUCAGUAAAAUUUUCUCUCACCAUUAAAGUUGAUGGUAAAAAAAAGGAACUCAUGACCUCACCAACUGUGAUAUUUGUACCCAAAUGGCACUUUCCCCUAUUGAAUUGCAAAGACAUAUACUUGAGCAGUGGUUAUGUGAAAUAUAACGACAAGCUAGAAUACUUGGAAUGGUUCCAUGAUGAAGAUACGAGGAUGAAAGAUGCUGCUUUGGAUACAUCAAACUUCAUCAGCUCGCCUGUCGACGAAACAAUAAUAAUAAAGAACAAUAGUGGAUCAUUACCGCUAAAAGAAAAAGAACAGGGCAUGUUUCCUUGUUCUGGUGACCUUGAGUGUCCUGUCACUUAG